AUGAGAUUAUCCUCACUGCUUUAUACAAUCUUAUUUAUAAAGCUAGUGAGGCCUGAAAAGAAGGUUACCUUUGACAUUUUAAAACCAGACUCAAAUAAAACGAAAGUUAAUGUUAGUAAAUACUCUGGACUAGAGAGCAAGAGGUACACCCCAAAGGAUGGAUUUCGUAUAAACAAGGUCAAGUAUGGAGAUAAACAGUUAUGGAAGUCCCGAUUGAGACAUAGUGAUGGCUGUAAGAGCAUAGAAGUCUAUUCCAAUGAAGAGACAAAACUCUUGGCUUUAUAUGUCGUAAAAGGAGGAGCUACAGAGGUUAACUGUUUUGAGGAUGUGGGUGGAAUGUGUAACAGCCUACCUUUUACUACAUUUAACAAUAAGUUUAAUGAGGCAAAGAAGAAAGGUUCUGAAGCUACUUCUGCCGCUUCUACUGAAGAUAAUGCUCAAACUGCUGAUCAUACUUCUCCUGAACCUAAGAAAUCAUCUACAGAAACAGCCAAAGAAUCUUCACAGAAAGUAGGUACUCAUUCAGCUGAGCAGGUUAAUACUACUAUUUCUCUAGAUCUUUUUAAACCUAACGCAUCUGAAAUCACAAAAAUUGAGUCUGCUCAUCGUGGAACAAUAACAAAGACAUAUACUCCAAAGGAAGGUCAUCAUAUAUCCUCAGUUGUUUACAAUAAAAGUACUGUUUGGAAACCAGCUGAAGGAACCAACGAAAAGUGCGAACUUGCAAAGUCUUACUCAUCUAGUGGAGAAAUCCUCUAUUUAGAUAUCAAAGAUAACAAUGGAAACGCUAAGCCAAAGUACUAUAAGAAAAAUGGAGCAGUAUGGAAUGGUAUUCCCGAACAUGUGUUUAAUCUGCAACUAAAGACAAUGAAAGGAACGUCUGUUGAUGAAGACUCUGCACAGAAUGAUGGGAAGUCCCAUUUUGAUUUACAGCCCCGUAAAGAUAACAGGACAAACUCUGAAAAUGAUUCCACCGGUAAAUCUGAAAUUUUAGAGGAAGAUACAGAACCUCCGGCUCCAUCUAGACCUCUUACAAAUUGCGCUUUAGAUCUUUCCAAACCUGACGAGGACGAAAUAGUUGUGAAUGAAAAUAAGAAUUAUGGAGGUGGAGUAACACAAAAGGACUUUUCUCCAAAGGAAGGUUUCAAGAUAGACUACAUUCUUAAUAAUGGGACACCAGUUAUUAAGCUUUCAGAAGGCGAGGAAUUUAGGUCUAUACGUUUGUAUUCCAAGAGAAGUUCCCAUAUACUCAUGAUUACCAUGAAGAAACCUGAGGGUGUCAAGCACCAAUAUUAUGAGAAGAUAGCUGGAGACUGGUAUAAGCUCAAGGAUAAAAGUGAGUUUAAUGUGAGACUCAAUGCAAUGAAAGGUUCUUGAUAAUGAUACAACAUACUAGCCACUACUCAUAAACUCUGUGAAUCAGAGCAAACUGUUUAAUUGUACACCAGAAUGACCAUUUAAAGAGUACUCAUUCAUCCUGCGGAUGGAUAUGCUCACCAUUAAUGCAGUAAAUCUGCCAGUAGGCAGGAAUAUACACAGUAGUCCAGAGAAUAUCUGGACUGUUCAAAUGUUAUUGUUUGUUUCUCAUACACUGCUACCACUUUAUUUUCAGAAACCUUAUAGAGAUUAAUGCGUGUUCAAUCUAACAGAGACAAAGAUUACAUAAUGCAGGAAACAAUAAUGAUUAUUUAUGGAAACAGACUGCUGUUAAGACGGACGUUAGGAUAUAUGAGAGACUAGUGAAUAAAGUACGGACAGAAAAUAUCUCGGUGGUAUAUUCUUUGGAUAUAACAUUGUAAAUAUAAAUCAAGAACUUAAAAAUAUUCAACUCUCUACAAUUGAGAGUGACCCUACCAAGUUUAUAAAGCGAUAAACGAUACUCUCCCGGAAACCAUAGAGUAAGGCUCUUUAUCAGGAUUGGAAUGUCUAAAGUAACUCUAGAGAGAUAAAAUUCUGGAAGACAUGUCUUGAUAGCCACCAGAGAAAAGCAGUUGCAGAAAAUGAUUUUUAACUACUCUAAUGAUUUAAAUUUGGCUUAUAAUCGAUAAAAGGCAUCUGAUAUCUGUUUAUUUGUACCGUAUGGAGGCCCUUGGAACAGUGAAUAUGAAAUUGGACUUGGGAUGUAUAAAAUGCCCAACGGAAAUUUACCCUUAUAUUCCCCUUUUAAAUGGUAACUUUAUGC